UGUCAGGGGGACUGGAUGGGAUCUGGAGUCCGUCUCAGCCUGAGCUCCUGGGAUCCUGUCACCAUGGAGACUGAAAGUGAGCAGAACUCCAGCUCCACCAGCGGGAGCUCCAGUUCUGGAGGAAGCACCCGUCCUCAGAUAUCACAGAUGUCUCUCUAUGAGCGACAGGCAGUACAGGCCCUGCAGGCACUCCAAAGACAGCCCAAUGCAGCCCAGUACUUUCAUCAGUUCAUGCUCCAGCAGCAGCUUAACAGUGCCCAGCUUCACAGCCUGGCUGCUGUGCAGCAGGCUACAAUCGCAGCCAGUAGACAGGCCAGCUCCCCCAACACCAGCACCUCGCAACAGACCACCACCACCCAGGCUUCUAUCAACUUAGCCACCACAUCAGCUGCUCAGCUGAUCAGUCGGUCACAGAGCGUGAGCUCCCCCAGCGCCACAACCCUGACACAGUCUGUCCUCCUUGGGAAUACCACCUCACCACCCCUCAACCAGUCGCAGGCCCAGAUGUAUCUCCGGCCACAGCUGGGGAACCUGUUGCAGGUAAACCGGACCUUGGGCCGCAAUGUGCCUCUUGCCUCCCAACUCAUCCUGAUGCCCAACGGGGCUGUGGCCGCUGUGCAGCAGGAGGUACCACCCACUCAGUCUCCUGGGGUCCAUGCAGACACAGACCAGGUGCAGAACUUGGCUGUGAGGAGCCAGCAGACCUCAGCUGCUAACGCCCAGCUCCAAGGCUCUGCUCAGAAGGCAGCUCUGCCAGGAAACUCCCAGGCUUCGGGCUUACCGCAGGCCACCAGCACGGGCCAGACCUUGGCAGUGGCUCAGGCCUCCUCUGGCAGCGCAGGCCAGUCCCUCAACUUGAGCCAGGGGUCAGCGGGCAGUAACGGUGUCUCCGGGGGUGUGGUGGCAAGUGGUGGGAGCCAGACCUCAGUGGGAUUGAGCCAGACCUCCUCAGCAGGAGCCACAGGCAGUUGCCAAAGGAAAGGCACAGGGGUGGUUCAGCCGUUACCGGUAGCAGCUGCCCAGGCCGUGACUGUCAGCCAGGGAAGCCAGACGGAGACAGAGAAUGCAGCCACAAAGAAGGGCGAAACAGACAGUGGUGGACAGCAAACAGUGGGCAUGAACCUGACCAGGACUGCUACACCAGCACCCAGCCAGACGCUGAUCAGCUCAGCCACAUAUACUCAGAUCCAGCCACACUCGCUGAUCCAGCAGCAGCAGCAGAUCCACCUGCAGAAGCAGGUGGUGAUCCAGCAGCAGAUCGCCAUUCAUCACCAGCAGCAGUUCCAGCAUCGCCAGUCCCAGCUCCUCCACACAGCUACCCAUCUUCAGCUGGCCCAACAGCAGCAACAGCAGCAAGCACCAUCUCUGACCCAACAGCAGCAGCAAGCUCAACCUCCGCAGCAACAGGCUCCACCUCAAAACCAGCAGCAGGCUCAGACCCUUGUGGUACAACCUAUGCUGCAGUCCCAACCGCAGCCUGUGCAGCUCCAGCAGGACAGUCCUUGCCAGCCAGCCACCAAGUCACCCAUUCCAAUUCAGUCAAAAUCUCUGGUCACCCCCAUCAAACCACCUCAGCUUGGGCCUGCCAAAAUGUCGGCAACGCAGCAGCCUCCACCGCACAUCCCUGUGCAGGUGGUGGGUACUCGGCAGCAGGGCUCAGGCCAAGCCCAAGCGCUGGGCUUGGCUCAGAUUGCUGCAGCAGUGCCGACGUCCCGGGGAAUGCCAGCCGUGGUCCAGCCUGUUUCCCAAGCCCAUGCUGCUUCCCCAUCAUCGUCUUCAGCUCCAGCAUCCUCACAGGAAGCUCCUCCUCUCACCACAGGGGUGAAUUUGGCACAAGUUCAAGGCACAGCCCACAUGGUGAAGAGCCCAGCCUCCUCUCCAGUUGUGGCUCAGAUGCCAGCAGCAUUCUACAUGCAGUCUGUCCAGUUGCCAGGCAAGUCUCAGACCUUAUCAGUAAAGCGCAAGGCAGAGUCAGAGGAGGAGAAGGAGGAGUCACCUGGUGUCAGUGCACUCCUGCCUGCCAGGUCCUCUCCUGUGACAGACAGCCCCAAAAACAUGGAGGAGAAGAGUGGCCUUGGAGAUAAAUCUGAUCCUGCUGCUGUUGCAACCCCAAAUACUGCCUCAAGUGAAGGAGGAUCAGUCACCCCCACCUCUGCUCCCACCCCAAACCUGGCAAUGGUGUCACGUCAGAUGGGAGACUCCAAACCCCCACAAGCCAUUGUCAAGCCCCAGAUCCUGACACACAUCAUUGAAGGCUUUGUUAUCCAGGAAGGAGCAGAGCCCUUUCCGGUGGGUUGUUCUCAGCUGCUGAAAGAAUCUGAGAAGCCACUGCAGGGAGAGGCUCCUUCUGGCCAGAGUGAAAACCUGUCCAGCAAUUCUCCGGGAGGGGACAGUGCUUCUAUGGAGCUUGAUAAGAAGGCAAACUUGCUCAAAUGUGAAUACUGUGGAAAGUAUGCCCCAGCAACUCAGUUCCGUGGCUCCAAGAGGUUUUGUUCCAUGACCUGUGCUAAAAGGUACAAUGUUAGCUGCAGCCAUCAGUUUCGGCUGCAGAGAAAGAAGAUGAAGGAAUUCCAGGAAGCUAACUACGCGCGUGUGCGCCGACGGGGACCACGGCGCAGCAGCUCUGAAAUUGCUCGAACAAAGAUCCAGGGCAAGCGCCACAGGGGCCAGGAAGACUCGAGUCGAGGCUCUGAUAACUCCAGCUAUGAUGAAGCUUUGUCCCCUACAUCUCCAGGGCCCCUGUCAGUAAGGGCCAGUCAUGGAGAGAGGGACCUGUCAAACUCUAGUAUGGCCCCACCUACCCCAGAUCUACACGGCAUCAACCCAGUCUUCCUGUCCAGCAAUCCCAGCCGCUGGAGUGUGGAGGAAGUGUAUGAGUUCAUUGCAUCACUGCAAGGAUGCCAGGAAAUUGCUGAGGAGUUUCGGUCACAGGAAAUUGAUGGCCAGGCCCUGUUGCUUCUGAAGGAGGAACACCUCAUGAGUGCCAUGAACAUCAAGCUGGGACCAGCUCUCAAGAUCUGUGCCAAGAUCAAUGUCCUCAAGGAGACCUAACAGCUCUGAAGCCAGAGGUCUCACUUCUGCUCUGACCCCAGGGUCGCAGGGCAGCUGCUAGCUUUGGAGCAUCCUGCUGGGGCAGGGAAGAAUGGGACAGUCCCCUGUGGUCUUGCAUUCAAGAAUGAGAUAACUGAUUGAAACUGCCAUGCACAAGCCCAUGUCUUGGUCUCUUAAUGGUGCUACAAGGGGGAGGAAAACUCCUACCUGGGGCCUUGAAACAUCUUUCCCUCUUCCUGAUUUGAAUAUGCCUCUCCCGUAUCCCACAUGAAGAUGUGAAAGGGAACUCCUCCUGUCUUAGCAGACUUCUGAAAGGGAACUGCUCUCACCCUUUUUUGCUACAGCAGGUCUGCUAGAUCUUAGUUUUGAAUCUCACUGUGCCAGAACUUGAGGCAUAGGAAGAGUCAGCCCCACACGGACAUUGGGAGCAGCUGUGCCUGGGGCAUUUAGGAAGGGGAACUAGUAAAUUCCAAGUGACAAAGGUGGACAAACGAGAGUUUGAGCAAAAGGGGCUGCUGCUGUUCCACUCUUAAAUACCCAGACUGCUCAUGAACUGGGUUGAAUAGCCAUUCCAGCAUGCAUACCAAACCUGAAGGCCUGUGGCAAUAGGAGCUGCCUUAGCUUUACUGUCUCCUGUAGAGAAUGCGGACUGAGGACAAAGUGUUGCGGCAGCUAUCCACUUCAGAUACUCCUCUCUGAACCAGUCAGAGGAGGGUUUAUCCUGAGUACUUAUGACAAGGUGAUGGGAAAAUUGAUGGGGAGGGGGAUUGUCUUACAUUAGGGAACCCUGCAGCACUAGGUUUGUCUCCCCAUUGUGCUAGGGUGUAAUUUACAGAUCCAAAGCAGUCUCCAGAAGCGCCAAGGCUCUUCAUAAAAUGGGCUGGGGUUUUGGUUUUUUUGUGUUCUUUUAUCAGUUUGUAUUAUUUCUGUGUCUGUCUUCAUUAUCCUCAGGAGAGCUUACGGGACAAAGUUUAAGCUGGCAGGAUUGUAUUGCCUGCCUUUUUUUUUUUUUUUUUUGUUGGUGUUGUAAAACAAAUAUUUCUCUUCUUCAGUUGAAAAAAAACAAAAAAAACAGAAUCACACCCUCCAACAACUGAAUACUGAUCCUUUCAUGUCACUUCUCCCUUCCAAGGGGUAGAAUCAUGUUAAAGUCCCUCCCUUGCAGCCCCUCCAGGUUGGUUGGGUUUUUUUAAGGACCAAAUGUGUUAUUCUGAAGUUUUGUAACCAGAUUGCCAAAGGUGAAAAACCUGGUCAGAGUUCUCUUCCAGAAGCACCUCUGCUUCAAACAAACAGGCAAAAAAACCCUGAAGACAUUGCAUGAGGAGGCAAGUGCCCCCUAGAGCCGAAAAGCUGAAAGCAAGAUGAUUUUAUAAACCGUGUGUCUCAGCUUUUCUGUUUUCAGAAGUUUCACUUCUGUUCACAAAACAUAAGACAGUUUUGUGUGGAAGGCACCUACUGUUGUAGGAGAGCUGUAGUGGUAUGGGAGGAGGACUAAUAACACAGCUAGGAAAACAUUGGAGAUCUUUGGAAUGGGCUCUUUAUUGACCCAUGUUAAAGAGAGGAGGGAAGGUGCUUAGAAGGUGGAUAAAAUGUGGCAGCAGCUUCCUAGUCUGAACUGUACUGUUGAGUCCCACUUUAAUGACAUCAUUGGCCCUGAGAGAAUUAUGGGGCUUCAAAAAAAAAAAAAAGGCACAAAGGAAGCUGUCCAUGCUUAUACCCCAGUAACACUACUUGGUCUGAUGUAAUUUGGGGGCAGGGAGCAGGGAGGUUACAAUCUCUAGCAGCAAUCAGCAGAGGAAGGCUGCCCUUAAACCAUUUUAUCUGUAGCAGGCUGGGUGUGGAAAACUCCUGUUUAGUUUGACCCAUGGCAGGGUCAGCAGGCAGCUAGCCUGCCUAUGGUACUAGCUACUUCUGAGGACCAGAUUUUAUUUCAAAGGGGAAGGCUUCACUUCUUCCUUUCAUGUUCAGUGUUCUUAAUAAAAAAAUGCUUGUUCAGGCUUUGCAAGUCUGGCUACUUUUUAAUCCCCCCUCCACAACCUGAACAUAAAUGUAGUGUUUGAGAACUACAACUGUCAUAAAAAAGUUCCUUCUGAUUUUUAUUGUUGCAGAAAUACAGAGUAUAGGAAACUUCUUAUCCAUGACUACCUGAGCUUUUAAAGUUCCAGUUUUGAAAGAUGUGUAUACCCCUCCAUCUUAAGCCCCAAAGACACACAAAGUGGCAGCAAAACCCAUGUAUUAACAAGAAGAGACCUUCUUCCUGGCAAGAGUAUUUCAGGCACAAGGCACCAUGCACUAAGGACCCUUCACCUUUGGGUAAAUGAGAUGGUCUGGCACCAAAGAAAGCUCCUGUUACAUCAGCACACUGCUUUACCGUGUUUUUUGGUCGUUUUAUUUUUGAAAGUUGUGUUUUGUACAAAAAAAAUUCCUUAAACACCACCAUGAAAAACAGUAACAACAGACUUGGUGACUUCCUCUUUUUCCCCAUGUUAUGAGAAAAAUUGAGACCAUAACAAAAGUCAAAAAGCAGGAAUUGUUUGCCCGCUCUAAACCCAGCAAGAAAGCAGGGCCAUCCCUUUUCCCUCUGCAUCACUGUUCAGAUUCCUUUGGCAGUACUAAAAACAUCCCAACCUUGUCUGUCCUCUGCUGUUAACAGUAGUGGCUUGCUUAUUCACAGUCUCUGCCAGUCUACACUAGGGCAGAAUGGGAUUGCUUAGAGUCUAGCCCCUCAAAUAAAAAGCAACUAAGAAUCAAGGUGCUAAGUUCCUGAAGGUUCCCAUCAAGCCUCAUGACUCAGCUGUACCUGCUUUUCAUCAGAGCCCCAGGAGAAGGUCGUUCUCACUCCCAGCCAGUAGCAGUAUGCAAGUACCAUCUGCACAGGGCAAAUACCUUAAGACUGGCCUGUACCAUUCUUAAGUGGACAGCUUAUGAAAGCAGGAGUCCUUUACACAGGCUUCUGUGGUUCCUUUUUUAUAAAAAUAAAUGUCAGGGGAAAAGCCUCUGCCAAGCAAGGAACUUUUGGAGAGCAUGAAAUCACAAUGCUGACAGUGACGGAGCUGUGUGGGCAGUCACCUCAGGAAGCUUGUAACAGAACUCAUGGGGCAGCUACCUGUCUUGUUUUGCCUUGACAUCAGUUCCAGUCUCAGCAGAUGUUUCCUUAGCAGCACAUAAUUUCCUUUGGCUUCUCCAUGAUUGAGAAGACUUGAGACAAUAUCUUUGCUGAACUGGAAAGUCACAAGACCAUAUUAAACUCCUGUAGUUUUUUAGCAUUGCUCCUCUCCAGUGUGAGAGGAUAGCAUGCAUCCCUUUACAUCUGUUGAAGGAAACGGGUGUGUUACCUUCAACAUAUUGCCAUUAGGAGAAGAAAAGACUGCAGAGGUGCUAAUGCCUCUUCCACCCCCACGGAGUCUGGCAUAGAGCACUCUGUGCAGGUUAUGCUGGCAGAAACAGCGUGUAACAGUGCAGAAGCUAGAAAAGCUGAAAAUGCAUUCAAAGAAAAAUAAUUCCAGUGUCUUACAGAUCCUGUAAACCCUAGGG